AUGGAUCGAACUCCUGAUAAUUCAGCUGCAGUUUUAUCAUUCGACAAUUUAGCCUGGUCCCCUACAGAAGAUGCAGUGCAUCUUUGGGAAGAGUCAAGUGUAAAUGGGGGAAGGUACAAAAAAUCAUUUGCAACAUCGACCCCUAAAGUUUCUUUUCAAAUUCACGACAGAAGACGAUUGGCUUGGCAUCAGCAACCAUCUACCUCCAACCCUUCAAGUAUACAACAUUCUGCGAACCGAGAAAAUAGCCAAGGUUAUCAAUUUUUCUACCACACUCAGUUUUCUCGCGGGGGCUUCCUAACUGGACUAAAACGUCGUGCAAGUUCAUUAUUGAGUUGGUCGAUAACGUCGCUACGGCGAGGUUCCGAUUCAGCUACUACACACUCUUUUUCUGGUAUUGAGAUUACAAGAGGUUGCGACGAAGGUGAUCUUAUCAAUUUAUCAGAAAUUUUUCCAUCUUCUUUCAUUGAUAUCCAGCAAAGUACGCUUAAUAUAAAGAAUUCGUAUCACAUGGGGUCUUUAUUUCGAAGUGAACAAGUUGCUCUUGUUGAGCUAAUCAUUACCAAAGAUGCCGCCUACGAGUGCGUCGGUGAACUUGGAAAAUUAGGGAUGGUCCAGUUCAAUGAUCUAAACCACGCCAAAAACCUGUUCCAAAGGUAUUUUGUCCGAGACACCCGUCGUUGUGAUGAAGUGGAGAGGAAAUUGAGGUUUUUGAAGCAGCAAAUUCAAGAAUGCACACCUCCCAUCCGUUUGGCUCCGCCACCUAUCACAAAUCCAGAUAUUCCUACUCUAGUAGAAGUUAACCAUAUAGAAACUAAACUCGAUGAACUCGAAAAAACAUUUACAUUGCUCAACAGAAAUGAAUCACAAUUAAGAAAAAAUAUGAAUGAAAUGAAAGAAUUCAAGUUCGUUCUAGAGCGUGUUGAACAGUUUUUCGAAAUUCAUAUCGAAGAUGAAGCAAUGUUUGAAAUCGAAGCAGCCAGUGGGAAAGAAGAGCCUUUUUCCAAGUCUUUCGGCGGCGCUUCCGGUAUGGAAGUACCUUUAACUCCUUUAACACCUCUACUAACUGACAAUGAACAGAUGGAAAACGCUUGGUUUGUGGCUGGUGUGAUUCCGAGAGAUAAACGCACAACGUUUGAACGUGUUUUGUGGAGGGCAUGUCGUAGAACAGCCUUUGUCCGCACUUCCGACAUCAGAAUAACCGUAGAAGAUCCAGAGACUUUGAAUCCAGUUGAGAAGUGUGUAUUCAUAGUAUUCUUCAAAGGAGAAAGUUUGAAGCAAAUCAUCGAUAAAGUUUGUGACGGUUUCAAUGCAAGACAAUACCCUUGUCCGAAAUCGUCAAAGGAACGUCAGCAUUCUCUCUUUGAUUGCGUAGCUCGAAUCAAUGAUUUGAGCGUCGUUCUGGACACAACCCAAGAACAACGAUUCACGAUACUCUCGAGAAAUGCGGUCGAUCUUCCUGACUGGUGUCAGAAAAUUCAUAUGCUUAAGGCUAUUUAUUCCACACUCAACAUGUGCACAGUGGACACAAACGGUUUCUUGGCUGCUGAGUGCUGGAUACCAGAAGCGGAAAUGAACAAUGUUUAUGAAGCAUUGCAACGUGGAUUGGAGCAGAGUGGCUCUGACGUGUCUCCAGUUAUGAACCGUAUUCAAACUUCCCGAUCACCUCCUACGUUCCAUAGAACUAACAAGUUCUCUAAAGUUUUUCAAUCUAUUGUGGACUCCUAUGGUGUAGCAAGUUAUCGCGAAGUCAAUCCAGCGCCUUUCACAAUUAUAUCGUUCCCGUUUUUGUUCGCCGUGAUGUUCGGUGAUGCCGCUCACGGCUUGAUUCUCUUCCUGACCGGUCUUUUCUUCAUUUUGAAGGAGCAGCAAAUUUUGAACAAAAGAAUAAGAGAUGAAAUAUUCAACACAUUUUUUGGUGGAAGAUAUAUCAUCCUUUUGAUGGGAUUGUUCUCAAUUUACACAGGAAUGUUAUAUAAUGAUGCGUUCGCGAAGUCUGUGAAUGUGUUUGGAAGUCGUUGGAGCAAUCCUUACAAUCAAUCUGAAUUACAAACUUGGAUUGAUGCGUCCAGCAAAAAGGAAAUAUAUCGGGAGCUCGAUCCUGUGAUUGCUUAUAAUAAUACCGCCGGACCUUACCCAUUUGGAGUUGAUCCUGUUUGGAAUAUUGCUGACAACAGAUUAUCAUUUCUUAAUUCAAUGAAAAUGAAAGUUUCAGUCAUUCUUGGUGUGACUCAAAUGACUUUUGGAGUCUUGCUGUCGUUCCUCAAUUACAGAUUUUUCAAGUCCAAUGUCGAUAUAUUCACUAACUUCUUACCUCAGAUUGUGUUCCUGACUUGCAUAUUCAUAUAUCUAUGUGGUCAGAUGAUUGUUAAAUGGUUAUACUUCUCAGCUCAUCCAGGAGUCAUUUUCGGCCAAGAGUAUCCAGGCCCCUUCUGUGCUCCUUCUCUGCUGAUAGGAUUAAUCAAUAUGUUCAUGUUGAAAGAAAGACCUGUAGGAUUUAUGGAUGGUGAGAAUAACCAUGCCAGCUGUUAUUUGAAUCAGUGGUAUCCCGAUCAGUCUUUAUUCGAAACGAUCCUGCUGGCGAUCGCAGUCGCUUGUAUUCCAAUAAUGCUAUUUGGAAAGCCGUUCUUCAAAUAUCUAGAAAAUAAAAGGAAAACUGGUCAUAUUAAGCUUUCUGAGGUCAAGCAGGAAGAAGGACAUGUAAUAAGCGCAGAGUCUUCGGAUCAUGGAAUGACUGACAUCAUAGUUCAUCAGGGUAUUCACACGAUCGAGUUCGUUCUUGGAUGUGUGUCCCAUACAGCUUCCUAUUUGCGUCUCUGGGCCUUGAGUUUGGCACAUGCACAACUCUCUGAAGUACUUUGGCAUAUGGUUCUGAUUUCCGGUAUGAACGCCGGUGGAGACGGAAUAGUCGGCUACUUUGUGACUUAUGCGGUGUUCUUCAUUUUCGCAAUACUAUCACUUUCGAUAUUAGUGCUGAUGGAAGGAUUAUCCGCUUUCUUACAUGCUCUUCGUCUUCAUUGGGUUGAAUUCCAGUCGAAGUUCUAUGAGGGUGCUGGUCAUGCUUUCCGCCCAUAUUCUUUACAGGAUGCUCUUGAAGCUGCUCAAGAACAACUAGAAAGAGUAGAAGAUGGAUAA